AUGGGCUUUGCCCUGGAGCGCUUCGCCGAAUCGGUGGACCCAGAUUUCCAGUGCAGAUUGUGCGGCCAGGUGCUGGAGGAGCCCCUGUGCACGCCGUGCGGGCAUGUCUUCUGCGCCCGCUGUCUGCGGCCCUGGGCGGCGCGGCGGCGCCGGUGCCCGCUGCAGUGCGGGCCCCUGGCGCCGGGCGAGCUGUACCGGGUGCUGCCUCUGCGCAGCCUCGUCCAGAAGCUGCGCAUCCAGUGCGACUACCGCCCCCGCGGCUGCGGCCGCUCGGUGCAGUUGAGCGAGCUGGCGGCGCACGUCGAACGCUGCGACUUCGGCCCUGCCCGCCGCCGCCACCCGGGCAGCGUUUCCCGGCCGAACGGCCUGGGCAGUGGGGACCGGUCACUGCGCGGGGGCUGCAGCUCAGCGCCCGGCAUCCGCCGCGGCGGGGGCGGGGGCGCAUGCGGGGGGUCGCCGGGCGUCCGCGGCGGGAGCUGGAGGGGACCCAGGCCUCGGGUCUGGAGGUGGCGCGAGAAGGCGCUGCUAGCGCAGCUCUGGGAGCUGCAGGGCGAGGUGCGGCUCACCGCCCGCAGGUACCAGGAGAAGUUGACCCAGUACAUGGCUCACGUCCGCAACUUCGCCAGGGACCUGGGUGGCGGCCACGACGCGGAAGGAGAACAUAAGCCACUCACUAUUGUAUUGGAAAGAGAAAAUGACACUUUGGGAUUCAAUAUUAUAGGAGGUCGACCAAAUCAGAAUAAUCAGGAAGAAACACCAAUGGAAGGAAUUUAUGUUUCAAAAAUUUUGAAAAAUGGACCUGCUGAUAGAACAGAUGGCCUGGAAAUUCAUGACAAAAUCAUUGAGGUCAAUGGGAAAGAUCUCUCAAAGGCUACCCAUGAAGAGGCAGUGGAAGCUUUUCGAAAUGCCAAGGAGCCUAUCGUGGUCCAGGUGCUAAGGCGAACACCUCUCAGUAAACCAGCCUAUGGGACAACCCCAGAAGUGCGACUCAUGAAUGCCAGCACUCAGACGGACAUCACCUUUGAACAUAUAAUGGCCCUGGCCAAACUUAGGCCACCCACCCCUCCAGUGCCCGACAUCUGUCCAUUUCUGCUCUCAGACAGCUGCCAUUCUCUCCAUCCAAUGGAGCAUGAAUUUUAUGAAGACAAUGAGUAUCUUUCCAGCUUGCCUGCUGAUGCAGACAGAACAGAGGACUUUGAAUAUGAGGAGGUCGAGUUGUGUCGUGUUAGCAGUCAAGAGAAGCUGGGUCUGACAGUCUGUUACCGAACGGAUGAUGAAGAAGACACCGGCAUUUAUGUCAGCAAGGUAGAUCCAAACAGCAUUGCUGCCAAAGAUGGCCGAAUUCGAGAAGGGGAUCGUAUUUUGCAAAUAAAUGGGGAAGACGUCCAGGAUCGCGAGGCGGCGGUGGCCCAGCUGUCUAGCGACGAGUGCAGGAGAAUCCUGCUGCUGGUCGCAAGGCCAGAGAGUCAGGUGGAUGAAGGCUGGCUGGAAGAUGAAAGGAAUGAAUUAUUAGAAGAGUUAAACUUGGCGAUGUUGGAAGAACAGCAUAAUGAUGCAAUGCAGCGCACUGCCGAUGAGGUGGAGCAGCCAAAAAAGCAAGAAGAAGAAGAGGGCACAACAGACACGGCAACAUCCUCAUCCAACAACCAUGAGAAGGACAGCGGAGUGGGGCGCACAGACGAAAGCUUGAGGAAUGACGAGAGCUCAGAGCAGGAGAAUGCAACCGAGGAUCCCCACGGCACCUCUCUGAAAAGCAAAAGAGAGCUGGGGCAGAGCCAAGACACUCUGGGAAGCGUUGAACUUCAGUGCAAUGAGAGUUUUGUGUCUGGUGAAUACAUUGACUCAGACUGUAUUGGCAACCAAGAUGAGGAGUGUGAAAGGUUUCGGCAGCUCCUGGAGCUCAAAUGCAAGAUAAGGAAGCACGGGGAGUAUGACCUGUAUUACUCAAGCAGCACAAUAGAAUGCAAUCAGGGAGGACGAGAGGGAGUGGAGCAUGAACUGCAGUUGCUUAAUGAAGAACUGAGAAACAUUGAACUUGAGUGCCAAACUAUCAUGCAGGCUCACAGGCUCCAGAAAGUGACAGACCAGUACGGAGAUAUCUGGGCAUUGCAUGAUGGAGGAUUCCGAAGUUAUAACACCAGCAUAGAUACCCAUAGGGGAAAACUAGAUGACAUCCUUGAACACCCAGAAAAGUCAGACAAAGACAGCUCCAGUGCUUACAACACAGCUGAAAGUUGCAGAAGCACUCCACUCACUGUGGACCGUUCCCCUGACAGUUCCCUUCCAAGAGUGAUCAGCCUCACCAAUAAGAAAAACCUGAGAAGCACAAUGGCAGCCAGCCAGUCCUCUUCUGGCCAGAGCACUAAAGAGUCGACCUGCACCAAAGCCAAAACCUCUGAACAAGGCUGUGUCAUUGAAGGCAAAGAGAAGACUUCAGAAAGCAGCAAGCUUUCUGAUCCAGAGAAGACCAGCAGUGAACACAUCCCUUAUCUCUCUCCUUACCACAGCUCCUCCUAUAGAUAUGCAAACAUCCCAGCACAUGCCAGGCAUUAUCAAAGCUACAUGCAGUUAAUUCAACAGAGGUCCGCAGUCGAGUACGCUCAGAGUCAGCUCAGCUUGGUGAGCGUGUGCAAGGAGUCUCAGAAGUGCUCAGAACCCAAGAUGGAAUGGAAGGUGAAAAUCAGGAGCGACGGGACGCGGUACAUCACCAAGAGACCCGUGCGGGACCGCAUUCUAAAGGAGCGUGCCUUAAAGAUCAAGGAGGAGCGGAGUGGCAUGACCACGGACGAUGACACCAUGAGCGAGAUGAAGAUGGGGCGGUACUGGAGCAAAGAGGAGAGGAAACAACACUUGGUGCGGGCCAAGGAGCAGCGGCGCCGCCGAGAGUUCAUGAUGCGGAGCCGGCUGGAGUGUCUCAAGGAGAGUCCCCAGAGCGGCAGUGAGGGCAAGAAAGAGGUCAACAUCAUUGAACUGAGUCACAAAAAGAUGAUGAAGAAAAGAAACAAGAAAAUUUUGGACAACUGGAUGACAAUCCAAGAACUGAUGACCCAUGGGGCCAAGUCCCCUGAUGGUACACAAGUUCCUAAUGCCUUUUUGUCUGUCACCACAGUAUGA